UCGCAUAAAGCGGAUUAAGUGAAUGAAAGUCAGGUCUUGUCCAGUCAGCAAAGCCCCGCUUGUUACCUGUAGCUUGUUUACAUCUAAUUCGUAUUCAUACGUUUCACUGUUGACCUAAACAAGUCAUUAUCAAUGGUGUUUGACGACACAUUUACAUGACACAGGUCACCAUGUUUACCUGUUUGUCAAAGCUAAAACAGCGCGUCGAUACUUUUCUGAACGAGAAGAACUUUGUAACUGAUUUCCUCAACAAAGUCGAAGAAAAGACGGGAAUUAAGAAGCGUUUACUUGUGAUAGGAGCUGCCACUGCAACAGGACUGUAUUUACUGUUUGGGUAUGGAGCCUCUCUGAUCUGCAACUUGAUUGGCUUUGUUUACCCUGCAUACUAUUCCAUUAAGGCUAUUGAGAGUCCAAACAAAGAUGAUGACACACAGUGGCUAACUUACUGGGUGGUGUAUGGAGUCUUCGGUGUGGGGGAAUUCUUCUCAGACAUCUUUCUGUCCUGGUGUCCUUUCUACUAUCUGUGCAAAUGUUUGUUCUUGCUAUGGUGCAUGGCUCCAGUACCCUGGAACGGCUCUCAGGUGUUGUAUAGGCGUCUGGUGCGACCACUGUUCCUCAAACAUGAAGCCACUGUAGACAGCAUGGUUUGCGAUCUGAGUGGGAAGGCCAUAACAACUGCAGAAUCUGUCACGAGAGAGGUUCUGCAGACGCUGGUGAGAAGCAGGACUAUUCACCCAGUUGAAUCAGCUGCCAAAGAGCUUCCUGGCCCAUCUAAUGAACCGAAGGUGGACUGAACUUCACUCAGGCGUCCACUUCCGAAGUCAUAGGACAGCAAGGGAUGAAAUCAGUUGGACAACGAUGCUUGAAUCACCUUGAUGUAGUGUCAUUUUAAUCUUAACUGCUAAUCUGAUAAAAAUGUAUAGUCAAAAGCCAUUGGGGAAAACUGCUCACAAGUUUGGUUCUCAGGUCACAGAUUUUCCUGUGGGGUUGUUGUUUUCUCAAACCACAACCCUUAAUGGUUACGAAUGAAUGAAUGAAUGAAUGAAUUGAAUGACUGCUAGAUGUUUCUCCACUGUUUUUGUUCAUUUUAAUUAAUUGACAAGUCAGUUUAUUUAGACUUUUUUUUAACUAAUCUGUCAGAAUAAUUAGUCUUGGUAAUACUUGGAAAUAUUAUGUAUUAUUUCAAACCAUUUAUUGUAAUUCUUGUUGUUUUGAACAACACAGCAUUUAUGUGCCAUCUCUAAUCAAUCAAUAAAUUUGAUAUCUCUCUCUCU